AUGGUUCAACAAAAAGACCUCACAGCCCUAGUAAAGGGGAUCAGAGCUCAGCAGCAAGGACCACAGGAUGGCGGCAAGCAGUUUAUCACUCAGUGCAUCGCAGAAAUUCAGAAAGAAAUCUCUCAGCCAGACUUGUCCAUAAAAAGCACUGCUGUUCUCAAGAUGGCAUACCUCUGUGCGCAAGGAUACGAUUUCUCAUCGUUGGCAUUCGGAAUUCUCGAGGUGAUGUCGGCCACGAGUUUCGAACUCAAGCGGCCGGGCUUCCUUUGCGCUUGCAUCUGUUUCGAUGACAGUACGGAUGCUGCUCUUCUAGCUGUGAACCUCUUCAAGAAAGGUCUGUCGAAUCCCAGGGCAUCUGUGAUUGAAAGAGGCAUACUCCUUUCUACUCUCUCUUGCAUCACAACGCCAGACAUGAGCAGAGAUGUCGGUGAACACGAAGUUAUGAAGUUGAUGACUACACCGAACCCCUACCUCCGAAAGAAGGCAGUACUUUGCACGUUUCGGUUGUGUGAGAAGUACCCACAGCUCUUACACAUCGCCUUCCCCAAGUUGAGAGACUUGCUGUCUGACGAGGAUCAAGGGGUUCUCACGGCAACGGUUACUGUGAUAUCAGAAAUAGCAGCUAGGAGCCCCAGAAACUGUUUGAUUCUGGUACCACAAUUGUGGCAUCUUCUGGUCAACACACGUAACAACUGGCUAACCAUAAAGUUGCUGAAGCUCUUCCAACUGCUAUGUCCUGUGGAGAAUAGACUGCCAGCGAAGCUCGCGAAGCCGCUUAUCAACCUUUUGCAGAGCACCAAGGCCAAAUCCGUUGAGGUUGAGUGCAUACUCACUGCGAUUGAGUUUCUCCCUCUUGAACAUGAGGCUAUAGAAGAAGAGUGCCUCCCAAGGCUCAAGGACCUGCUAGCCAGUCUUGACCGGAACUUGCGUUUCCUAGGACUUGGCAUUCUGGAGAAACUCCUCGACCGCCAGCGAGAGAGGACUGAUAUUCAGUGCGAAAGAUCUGUUUGGCAUCCCUUCGUGGUGGAAGGACUGAAAGACAUUCACGAUAAAUCUAUUCGGCGUCUUUCGCUGCGUUUAUUGAACGCAGUGAUCUCUGCGGGGAAUCUCCGAGAUAUGGUAGAGGCACUUCUACCGGAUGUUGAACAGAGCGAGAAAACCGACGGUGCCUCACUGGAUGAGAACGCGCUGAUCUCAGAGGAGAUGACCGAUGACUUCGUGAAGACGAUCCUUGGAGUGCGUGGUGGCCCAACUGGUGACUUUACGCAGGAUUUCCUUUUCUAG